AAAUAUAAGCCAGCUGAUACUCGAGACUUCCAUAAAUUAAAAUAAACAUCUUCCAAUUGAAUUCCACCACUUCUACAAAUUCCUUUUAUUCUUGCAUCAGCCUCUAAAAAAUAUUAUCUUCUCUCAAAAAAUAUGGGUGCCUACCGGUUGCAAUCAAUAGUUGCUAGUGCAAAGCAACUAAUCAAACUGAACAACAAGAACCAAGAUGUUCCCAAAGGAUAUUUGGCCGUGUACGUAGGAGAAGUUCAAAGGAAACGGUUUGUAGUUCCUUUAUCUUGCCUGGACCAACCAUUGUUCCAAGACAUGUUGCGUAAAUCAGAGGAAGAAUUCGGGUUCAACCAUCCUAUGGGAGGACUUACCAUUCCCUGCCAUGAAGAAGCUUUCGUCCGUCUUACUUCCCAAUUGCACAUUUUGUAAUUUGAGGACAAAGAUUGCCAUCCUCCAAAGAUAGUGGAUACAUAGUUUACUGAUUUUUUUUUUUUUUUAAAACUAUCAUAGAGUAAAAAAACUUAUGAUGAAAGGGGAUUCCCAAAUUUUAUAAUACCAUAUAUAUCUAUCGGUGAAUUCAUGUAUAUAUAUGUUUAUUGCAACAAGUUUGUUAUGUGUUUUUGAUAUUCUAGCA